UUAGAAAGAAACAAUGGGCUCACUAACCCAAAAUUUCAGUAUAAAUGGGCCGAUAAUGGGCUCAUUAUACUUCUUUGAUCAAAACUCAAUAUCUCGUCCUCAUCGGCAUUUGUUUCAAUUUUUCCUUCGCCAGACUCCGUUCCUAAUUUUCCAGAGUUUUAGAGAGUAAAAGGGAGAGAAAGAUGGUGAUUCCACCAGCAGUAAGACCACCUCGUCUCUUCGACUACCUCAAACCUUACGUCCUGAAGCUCCAUUUCACGAACAAGUUUGUUCACGCACAAGUCAUCCACUCACCAACAGCCACAGUAGCUUGCUCAGCUAGCUCACAGGAGAAAGCAUUGAGGGAAACAAUGAAUGUCACACGCGACGUGGCUGCUGCUGCAAAGAUCGGUAAACUCCUUGGGGAAAGGCUCUUGAUGAAAGACAUUCCAGCUGUUAGUAUUCACAUGAAGAAAGAGCAGAUGUAUCAUGGUAAAGUAAAGGCUGUGAUCGAUUCCGUCAGGGAAGCUGGCGUCAAGUUGCUUUGAGGAUUAUUCAACAAUCCAUCACUUUCAUGUUGGGAACAUUGUCCUUUUUUUUGGCUUGAGAUAAGAGCGUUGCCACAAUCAAAGCCUUUGCUUAGUUCAUUUUUCUUCUACUUCAGGGUUGUGAAGAAAGAUGUCAAAGGAGAAUAAAUGUUAUAAAACUUUGACUAUUGAGUUGUAAGAUUAUAUCAAUAGAGAGAGAUUCUGUACUCUUGAAUAGAUAAUAGUUGUAAGCGUUUGAAUGAACAAGCUGAGUAAGCUUAUGGAACACUA